AUGGAGCCCGCGUCCGAUGCGCGUUCCCUCUGGGUAGAGGAGCGGGUCAUGGGGCUGUUCAAGAUGAGCAAGCCGGACAAGUACAGGAAGAUGGCGAGCGGAGAGGAGACGGGGGCGCCGCUCCUAAAGUUCUUUGACUCGGAGGAUUGCAGCGCGAUCUACUUUCUUGAUGGUGCAAAGGACAUGUCAUGCUUCUCCGCGCCGCCCACCAGCAACAAAAAGAAGCUCCUUUGCAUGCUCAAGCCGCAGCCGGCUCGGUACACCAAGCCCGACGAGAUGGCAAACAUCAUCAUAUUUGACCUCUCGCCCAAGCUGCUCGAGUCGAUGCAUGCACUGAUGGAGGGAGGUUGGUCAGAGAUGAUGGCGCGCGAGGUGCUCGAGAACUGCCACAAGACAAUCUCAGCAUCGUACGAGGACCAGCUGCUCGCGGUGGUGGUUGGAAAGGAGCGCCCCGAUCUGCUCGAGGAGCAGUCGAGCCUCAUCAAGCAGAACAAUGAGUUUGUGAUUAAGCUCAAGGAGCUCGAGGACAACCUGCUCUACCUGCUCGCCACCGCCGAGGGAGACAUCCUCGCCAACGAGGAGCUCAUCGUCUCGCUCGAGGUGACAAAGGCGACCGUCAAGGACAUCAACGCGAAGGUCGAGGCGGCAAAGAUCACCGAGGCCUCUGUCGCCAAGGCGUUCGAGUCGUACCGGCCCAACGGCAACCGCGGCUCGCUGAUGUACUUCAUCAUGAACCAGCUGUGCAUCAUCGACCACAUGUACCAGUACUCUCUGGCGGCCUUCAAGUUCAUCUUCGACAAGGCGCUAGCAAAGGCGGAGCCGGCCGAGUCGGUCGAGGAGCGCGUCGCGAACCUGCAGGACUCGAUCACUUACACCGUCUUCAGCUUCGUGACCCGUGGGCUCUUCGAGCGGCACCGGCUCAUCUUUGCGACGCAGCUCGCCGUCAAGGUGCUGCUGGGCCAGACCAACGACAAGGGCGAGCCGGCCAUCAAGAGCGACGAGCUCAUGUUGCUCAUCCGCAACCCGCGCGACAAUUCGAAGGAGAAUCCGCUCCAGUCGUGGCUGCCCGACGCCGCCUGGGGCUCCGUUCAGGCGCUCGCCUCCGUCGAGGAGUUUGCGUCUCUGCCGGCGGACGUGGAGGGCUCGUGGAAGCGGUGGAAGGAGUGGUGCGAGUUCGAGCAGCCCGAGGCGAACCCGCUGCCGCAGGAGUGGAAGAAGCUGAGCGGCUUCCACCAGCUCCUCAUCAUCCGCGCCAUGCGGCCGGACCGCAUGACGCUGGCCAUCUCGCGGUGGGUGGAGCAGGUCCUCGGCGCAAAGUACGGCACCGCCAUCAACUUUGACCUGCUCCUCUCGUUCGAGGACUCCGGGCCAGCGGUGCCCAUCUUCUUCCUGCUCUCGCCCGGCGUCGAUCCUGCUGCCGACGUGCGCGCGCUCGGAAAAACGAUGGGCAAGACCGAGGACGAGGGCAAGUUCCAGGGGGUGUCGCUCGGUCAAGGGCAGGAGCCCGUCGCGGAGAAGGCGCUGGACCAGGGCUACGUUGAGGGCGGGUGGGUCAUGCUCGAGAACAUCGAGCUCGUCGCCAACUGGCUGCCCAAGCUGGAGAAGAAGCUCGCGUCGCUGGAGGAGGGGGCCCACCCCGAGUUCCGCGUCUUCCUCACGGCGAUGCCGCAAAAGGUGGUGCCGGUGCCAAUCCUUCAAAAGUCGAUCAAGCUGACCAACGAGCCGCCGAGCGGGCUCAAGGCGAACCUGCUGCGCGCGUUCAAGAACUUUGACGCGACCAUCUGGGAGAGCUCGUCCAAGCAGGGCGAGCUCAAGGCGAUCAUCUUCUCGCUGUGCUUCUUCCACUCGGUGGUCUGCGAGCGCCGGAAGUUUGGCCCGAUGGGGUGGAACCGCGGCUACCCCUUCAACACCGGCGACCUGAUGGUGUGCAUCGCGGUGGCCAACAACUACCUCGAGACCAACUCGAAGAUCCCGUGGGACGACCUGAGGUACCUCUUCGGCGAGAUCAUGUACGGUGGCCACAUCACCGACAACUGGGACCGGCGGCUGUGCACAACCUUCCUGCAGGCGUACGUGCGGGAGGAGCUGGUGGAGGGGAUCGCGCUCUACCCCGGCUUCCAGUCGCCGCCGAACCUGUCGUACAAGGAGUACCUCGAGUACGUGGAGGAGAACAUCGAGCGCGAGACGCCCGCCGCGUACGGCCUGCAUCCGAACUCGGAGAUCAACUUCAUGACGCGGCAGGCCGAGGACCUCUUCAGCGCCAUCUCCGAGCUGCAGCCGCGUGGCGGGGGAGGCGAGGGCGGGAUGACGAUGGGCGAGCGGGUGAAGCAGCAGCUGGACGAGAUUCUGGAGAAGCUGCCGGAACUCUUCUUGAUGAUUGAGAUUGAGGAGAGGGUGGAGGAGCGGACGCCGUACGUCGCCUUCUUCUUGCAGGAGUGCGAGCGCAUGAACCUGCUCGUCUUUGAGAUGGGCCGCUCGCUGCGCGAGCUCGACGCGGGCCUCCGGGGAGACCUGUCGAUCUCGCAGCCCAUGGAGGACCUGAUGAACGCGCUUUUCGAGAACAGGGUGCCGAGCACGUGGGAGGCGCUCGCGUGGCCGUCCCUGGCGCCGCUCUCGCCCUGGCUCGCCGACUUCCUCGAUCGGCAGAGGCAGCUGGUGGAGUGGACGGCGGACCUCAACACGCCCAAGGUGACCUGGAUUUCGGGCCUCUUCAACCCGCAGGCCUUCCUCACCGCGGUCAUGCAGGUGACCGCGCGGAAGAACGAGUGGCCGCUCGACCGGGUGGUCACGACGGUCGACGUGACCAAGAGGGGGCCGGAGGAGAUUGAGGGCGCGGUCCGCGAGGGGGCGUACAUCUACGGGAUGUACAUGGACGGCGCGCGCUGGGACGUCAACAGCGGGGUGAUUGAGGACGCAAACAUGAAGGAGCUGUACCCGAAGCUCCCAGUUAUGCUCGUCAAGGCUGUGCCGGUGGAGAAGGCUGACAGCCGAGAUCAGUACGCGUGCCCCGUCUACAAGACGCAGUUCCGCGGCCCCACCUACGUCUUUACGGCCGGGCUGAAGACCAAAAAGCCGCCAUCAAAGUGGGUCAUGGCGGGUGUCUCAUUGCUGAUGAGUGUGGUCGAGUAA